AAAAAAAAGUGCACAUGAUUUGUCUUUGUUAUCUAACUAAAACUUUGAUUGUAAGGCCCUAAUCCUCUGAUAAAAGCAUAAAAUAUACCAUCAUUUUCCCGAGUUUGUAACUAAAUGGAGCUUUAAAGUAAGAAAAAAUGAACUUAAUUUAACACCAAGUGGCUUUCAUUUUAAGCAUGACGAACGAGACUCUAAUAAAGGGCGAUGGUUGGGGUAAUGUGCUAUAACAAGGCUAAAGUUUUGUUUUUAAGUGUAUCUUUAGGAGGUCAGCAACAGCACGCUUUGCUUUCAGAGCUGAACGAGGGAGCUACGGUUGCGUGAGUUGUGUUCUAAUUCCUGUGUCCUGUUUUUGGGGUGUGGAAUCUCCUGGUUUAUCCAUUUCUUUUCUCUUUUGAUGCUCCCCUCCUUCUUCUUCUCCUACAUAUAAAAAAUUCGCCUUCCUGUAUCGAAGGAGAGAAAGAGAAAGCAGGAAGAGCCCACUAAAGCGUGAAAAAAAAAAAAAAAGAAGGCAAAGCUAGAUAAGAACCCACCCCUCUUAUCAUACUCUUUCUAUCCUUUUCACUUUGAGUUGCUAAGAGCACUUUGUUCUUUUGGGGGGUUUCCUUUCUCUUGGUGGGGUUUUCUUUUUUUUUUUUUGAAGGGCGUGUUUUUAUAUUGCGUUUUUGGUCUGGCAUUUUCAGUUUAAUGGAGUUGGUUUGGGGCUCUCUAAGCUGAACAGUUCUUGCGUUGUUAGCUAAGAUCUUGAGAGUUCUAAACUUCUUCCUAUCAGGGUUUUUCAUAGCUAAAGGAAAGUUCUGUUGAUUUCAUGAUGUGGGUCUUCAUUGUUUUACGCUUUGGUUGAGAGACUCCUUUAAAGUUAUUGGUCUUCAAAGUAUAGAAAAAGGUGAUCUUUUUGGGUUAAUUCGAUAUCUAUUCCAUCCUGUUAAGAUGGAGAGCGGUUGCUCAAAGAAUGGUGAAGCAUGUCCUCAAUUUCUUGAUUUGAUUCCUCAACAAAGAGAUUGGCAUGUGAAGAGAGAAGAUGAGAGAAGGCAUGGAUCCUCGGAGGAGAAGAAGCUGGAACUAAGGCUUGGUCCCCCUGGUGAAGAUAACUGGUCCAUCAAAGAGGCCACCAAAAACAACACCAGAGAGAGAGAUGAGUCCUUACUCUUACUUGGGUACUUCUCUUCAAUGAAGAGCAAUGGAAAACAGACACACAAGCUUCCAACUCCAGAGGACCAUCCGGUUGGCUCAGCUUUGUCCACUCCAUGGACCAAAAUCCACCAGCACAACCAUCAACAGCAGACACAGCCUCAAUCAUUUCUUCAGUUUCCAUCAACAUCCCCGCAGAGCUUGCUUGUUGCAGCAAAGGAAUCGUCACAGCCUUGUUGCACUAAAGCUGUAGACUUUCAGAAUGCAGAGAAAAAAGCAUUUUCCCCUCCUGCAAAUACAGCUGUGCCUUCCAACAGUUCUCAGAAAAGAACUGCUCCGGGUCCAGUUGUGGGUUGGCCUCCAGUUCGUUCUUUUAGGAAAAAUCUUGCAAGCGGCAGCUCUUCAAAACCAGCUUCUGAAACACCAAGUGUAGUUCCUCACAAGGUUGCUAAUGAAAAACCAGCAACUCAACCUAGUGGUAAAGGCCUAUUAGUAAAAAUCAACAUGGAUGGUGUUCCAAUUGGAAGGAAAGUGGAUCUCAGAGCCUAUGACAGCUAUGAGAAAUUGUCAACUGCUGUUGAUGAACUUUUCAGAGGCCUCCUUGCGGCACAAAGAGAUUCCUUUGCUGGUGGAACAGAGAACAAGCAAGAGGAAGAGAAAGUGGUUAUGGGCUUAUUGGACGGGAGUGGGGAAUAUACACUUGUAUAUGAGGAUAACGAAGGAGACAGGAUGCUUGUUGGGGAUGUCCCGUGGCACAUGUUUGUAUCAACAGUGAAGAGGCUGCGCGUGUUGAAGAGAUCGGAACUAUCAGCGCUUAGCCUUGGAAGCAGUAAGCAGAGAAAGAUACCCGCUUGACUCUGCCUCGAAAACUAAGAGUUUUUUUCUGAAGAUUUUCACCAAAGUUUGAAUAAGACUUUGAAUUAUUAUGUUCACGUUUUGACAUUUUACUUACCCUAUUUGGCAUGGAACUUGUUGCACCGUCAGUACAUAUAUAUAAGUAGUUUAUAUGUAAUUUUUUACUUCUUUUCCUCUGUCUUAACAUGCUUUUUUUUUUCUGCGUCAUGCCAUUUGGAACAAUGCUUAAUAGCAAUAUCUUGAGUUUGAUGUGUAACCUUUUUGUGUUAUGUGCUUUAUAUUAGCAACCCAUCUGGAUGGUGAAAGACCCAACCUAAUUUAACUCUUCGGCUAUAAAUAUGAAAUAAGCUUUGAGGCCUGUAAGCAAUUAAGCAUUGCUAAUUGAUCAAUCAAGUUCGAGUUCUCGAAACCUCUGUCCAUCCGAGUAGUACUCUAUUCAAGUUCUCUCUUUUUGAGUGCAUCAAAUUGUCCUUCUCUGG